GCCAAAGGCCAUAGUGUACAGGAAGUUGCUAAGUUUACAUGUGUGUCAAAGGUGGUACUGCCGGCUAUGGCAAAUAUCGGUCAUUGAGUACUUGCUGACAGAACUGUGGUGAAAAAGACGGUGUCCAGAAAUGGGGAACCAUGUGUCGCACAUUGUGACGGCAAAUCAUUUCUACAGGUGUCCAAAUUUUUGUUGAAUACUUACAAACUGCCUGCCUGUGUGUUGGAACAAACGGUGUUACUUUUUGUGCUUCGUCUUCAUACCGAACACAGAAUAGCUAACCCAGUCUUCCCAGAUGACAAUUGUCAGGUGCCCAGGGUUGGAACUGCAUGUGAUUGGCAUGAAGUACAUUCUGAAGCAUUCUCGCAUCUCAACUGGCCUAGAGAAUUUCUAGAUUUAAAAUUCCAUAGAAAAUCUGUGGGACAGCUUGGAUCGACUGGUGAAACACCGAUGACCGAACUGCGGGUUUUAGUCCUAGAAGAGUGGUUGAAAAUUGAUGUCGCCUACAUCCGCAAAUUGGUGGUAUCCAUGCCAGAUAGAAUUACAACUGUUCUGCACUAUACACUAUUUGUUAACAUUUGGCCUGGGGUAGCCAUUUUUUUUUUUUCUGGUGAGCCUAUUUAUUUCAGGAUAUUCAAGAGUAUGGAUUAAUAUCAAUUCACAGCAAGUCACUUAAUCACUGCUGGGUAUGUGUGCUUCUCUUUCAGGUCUAAUUACAUUGGAGGAACUCCACCAGAGGGUGCUGAAGGGCAGAGGAAAAUUUGCACAGGAUGUUAGCCAGGAUGACCUAACACGUGCCAUCAAGAAGUUGAAAUCUUUAGGAAAUGGAUUUAGCAUGAUUCCAGUAGGUGGAACAUACCUAGUCCAGUCUGUGCCUGCAGAACUAAAUAUGGAUCACACUGUUGUCCUUCAGCUGGCUGAGAAGAAGGGCUUUGUCACAGUGAGUGAGAUCAGAUCCAGCCUCACUUGGGAAACGGAGCGAGCAAAGCAUGUAUUGGAACAUCUCCUGAAGGAAGGCCUGGCUUGGCUUGACACUCAGGCUUCUGGAGAGCCGCAGUACUGGCUGCCUGCUCUCUUCUCUGAACUCUACUCACGAGAUGUUAGCCCAGAGGAGGCCAGUCAGUUGGUGCCAUGAUGGAAUAUCAAGCUGGAUCCCUUCAGCCCUCCAACUACUUGAAUGGACCAUUAAAAAGGAGUGAAAUGAAAACCCAGGAAAGGGUAGUCGCAAGAAAUGCACUUUUUUUUCAUUUUAUUUUUUAAAACUAUACCCUAUAAAUAUAAUAUUAUAAAAAUG